GUGAGGGGAACAGGUGAGUGCUUCUGAUUUCUUCUUUCUUUUGUACAAAGAGCACGUUUUAUUUGAGUGGUGCAUACAGCCAGUGCCUGUCCAUCACAUAGCUGAGAAAUGCAGUAACUGGUUUUGCUGACGUCAAGGGUUCAACCCUUUGAAAAGCUGUGAGCUUAGCUUUAAAUGUGCUUUUGUUUGCCUGAACAUGGCUUGGAUUUCUCCUGCUGGAGUUUGACUUUAAGGCUCUUCCUACAUGUUGUUUUAAACUAAGAAUUAAGAUUUCUUGAACCACGCCUCAAAUAUGAAGCAAGGAGCUCAAUGAAAAUGUCAAAUGUGAGACUUCUGAUAUAAAAUGCUGCAAGUUUCCAGCACCGCCUGGUGCACAGGUGAGACCUGCACUGGAGAACCAUCCUCUUGAGGCUGCAAGUUGGUCUGCACUGGCUGAAAAGUAGAAAUGCAGGAAUCUGCUCCAUUGGGAACCAGGAGGUGGAGGUUUGGAUGUCAUCUGGAAGAUGUUCUCUGGCAUCCAAGGAUGUGGUUCAUUUCUAACAUGAAGCAGAAUGUGAAAUAAGCCUACAAGCAAUACAACAAAUGUACUACUUUAGAAAAGUAAUGUGAAUACCUGAGAUCCAUUCAAACCAGUCCAGGUGUGGGUGUGGUAUGCAGGUAUUCCUUCAUAACUGUUCGUAUCCAGGACACAGUGUACAAUGGGCAGAAAACUGGAUCUUUCUGGCUUGACUGAUGAAGAAGCAGAGCAUGUGCUUCAGGUGGUUCAGCGAGAUUUCAGCCUUCGUAAGAAAGAAGAAGAAAGGCUGAGCGAAAUGAAGCAGAAGUUGGAUGAAGAGGGUAACAAGUGCAGCAUCCUUUCCAAGCAGCAGAAGUUCAACGAGCACUGCUGUAUUCGCUGCUGUUCACCUUUCACAUUUCUUAUCAACAGCAAGCGACAGUGUCAAGACUGCAAGUACAACAUCUGCAAGAGCUGCAGCUCUUACCAGAAGAAGGAGAAAGCUUGGAUUUGCAGUGUCUGCCAGCAAGCAAGGCUCUUAAGGACCCAGUCUCUGGAUUGGUACUAUAAUAAUGUGAAGAGCCGCUUCAAGUGUUUUGGAAGUGCCAAAGUCCUGAAGAAUUUAUACAAGAAGCAUAGACUGGAGAGUGGCGUUUGUCCUGAUGUAAUAGAAGGAGGUUGUUUUGAAGGAAGCUUUGAAAAUGAUGGAAGCAUUUGUGGCAGUGAUUCUACAUUCUACAGGCAGACAGAAGGACACAGCAUGAUGGAUACCCUUGCUGUGGCCUUACGUGUUGCUGAGGAAGCAGUGGAAGAAGCUAUUUCUAAGGCAGAGACCUACAGUGACAGCCUGGACAAACAGAACGAGGCUUGUUACUUGCAAGAACACAAGGAGGAUCUCAUAGAAGAGCUGGCCACAACCAUUGUGCAGAAGAUUAUAAAGAAGCAGAAAGGCAAAACUGAGCAGACUGAGGCUGACUUCGAAUGGCCGCCAUCCAGAAGCAGUGGCCUGGCAUCCGUUGCUGUUUCAGAUCAGAGCAUGCUGACCUUUCCUGGGAGUCGCAGGGGGUCAUACACACUGUGGAGGUCUCAGUCAGCAUUCUCCCUGGCCAGUGAAGAUACACCCAGCAAAGGACUGGACCCUGCAUCGUCUGUCACCGAGGCUCUUUGGAGACAGCAGAAAGGACAAUUCAAGAAGCAGAAGGAACGCAAGCUCUCUGCAUUACCCAGCUGGAAAAGUGUGGACAGGCUAAAUGAAACAAAUCCGCCUCCCGUUUUACAAAGCACUGAUGGAAACUGGGUAGCUUUGCAGAAUGUCUCUUUGCCUCGCCCUCGGAUGCUCGCCAAACCAAAGAGUCAAGUAUUUGAAGCUUUGGAGAAUGAAUCCAGCGUUGUGUCUGCAUAUGACGAGAUGGGCUCAGACAGCGAGGAUGAUUACGACUGGAAUGUGGCCUUGAACAAGCUGCGGCGGAGACCUCGGCAAUUACCGGAUGAUUUCUAUUGUACCAAUUCCCAGUAUGAUUCUGAAUGGGUUUAUGGCAAUGAUCAGUACCAGGCAGUCACCUCACCUUCCUCUGGGUUAUACACCAAUACUGAGACGCUGUUCUCUGAUUCUGAAACAUCGUCGGUAAACUCUUCCCAGGAAGCUAAAAGACCUAGCAAACUUCUCUGGUUACAAAGCAGAACUCAGAGCAAUGUGCCCAGAAUGGAAAAAAAACAUUUCCAUGGAGAACUGGAUGUAAACUUCAACCCACAGGCAACCAGCCUGGAGUAUUCAGAUAGCAGUGAGACUGAAGAAGUUCAGUACGAUUUAGAAAAGAGAUCAAGAAGAUGGAAAAAGAACAAAACGAUCGCUGAAGAAUUAUCUGAAGGAAAAAAUCACACAAAAGCCAACGUGAAGAAUUUAAGACAGGAUUUGGAUGAUUUAUCAGAAACGGAUAGAAGCAGUGAGGAUCAACAUCAGAAUAUCAAGCCUGAACUUAUGGAAGAGGAGCUUAAAUCCAGGUUAUUUCAGCUUGCUGCUAAAAUGAGUGACAAAGAAACAUCUUCUGGUGAAGAACAAGAGUCUGAACCUAGAACAGACCCUGAAAACCAGAAGGAAAGUUUGUCCUCAGAAGAAAACGGCAAAAGCAUUCAGGAGGAGUUAAAGAAGGAAAAACAAAAGGCUUUUGAUCUUCAUUUAAAGCUGCAGUUUUUAUCCACUGUAUUGCAGCAGAAGUACUCUGCUGUCUCUCUCUGCAACAUAUCUACAGAGGUCCUGAAAGUCAUCAAUGCCACUGAAGAGCUGAUAGCAGAAUCCACCAGUCCCUGUGAUUUCCCAGAUGAUGUUCAGGACAAGGGAAGAGGUUCAUUCCCACUGGGGACCGACCCCAUCAGACUCGACGAGCAGCUCACCACACUGGAAGAAAAUGUGUACCUGACGGCCAGCACAGUGUAUGGCCUGGAGGGGCAGCUGACCAGCCUGGAGGAUGCAGCACGGCAAAUCAGCAGCGUGACAGCAGAAUCGGAGCUGGCUGAGCUGGAGGACCAGGUGGCCACUGCAGCUGCCCAGGUGCAUCAUGCAGAGCUGCAGAUUUCAGAUAUUGAGAGCAGAAUAUCAGCUCUCACUGUUGCAGGCUUGAACGUGGCUCCAUGUGUUCACCUGACAAGGAAACGGGAUCAAAAGCAAACAAACCAGAUGCAUACUAUUGACACCUCAAGACAGCAGAGGAGGAAACUUCCAGCUCCACCAAUAAAAGGUGAAAAAAUAGAUGGGUCUCCAAUUACCACUGUCAGAACAUUUAACAGAAACUUCAUGCUUCAAGGAUCUCUAACACAAAGAACUAAAGAGAGGAAAAGCACUGCCAAGGACUUAAUGGAACCUGCUAUAGGAUCUGCUGUGAUGUACUAAACUUUGACUUGUCUACUGCCAAUAACACACUGCCUAAGGCUGUACACUAGAGUGCCUUUACUUAACAGCCAUUGUGUAUGUCCAGCUGAAAAUGGACCCUCAAGAACCCACAAUGCCUCAGUUAUAGGGCUUUGUUUGGAUACCUCACUGAGAAAGCUGUCCAAGUCUUCAGCAUUGUGGUCUGCUAAAGGAAACUCUGCCUUAAAGUUCUCACAAGACUCUGGAAGGGACGCUGAGUUUCAAAAGCAAGGCUCCACAUUUUAAGAUGCACUUUUUCUCCCCAUUGAUUGUACUAAAGUAUGUCGUCUUUAAACUGCAGUAUGUUUUUGUACACUCAGUCAAUCACAAUUACAGGCCAAUAUUUCAUACCGAAAGAGUGAACAAAGCAGACCUGUGAUCCACAUUUGCUGGCCUCUUAUAUAUGUAGGCAUCUGUCUUGUCGAGCAAUAAGAACAACUCUGUGCAGUGUAUGCUGCUUUUAGCUGCUUGGUGAGAGUGGAGGAUCUGUGUAUCUAACUGCUCCCCCGGAGCCAGUGGAAGUUUUGACAAGGCAGGUGGGAGGAGAUGCGAUGUGCAAAGACUUCUCUGUUCGCUCAGAGUACCUUUGACAGAGUUCUAGCUCCAGGGCUCUGUGUUCUGUCGGAGAUGGGGGGAGCAUGGAUGUCAUGAUGAGCCAUGAAUUGGUGGUACGCAGCACAUGUGGACCAGAUGUCUGCUGGGUUACAGUCCUGGCAUCUGGACACAUCUGAGUACUGUUGUGAAACCACCACCUUUGUCUGUCUCGUUCUUCUUGGUAUCAUUGUCCGCUUGGCGAUGUCCAACCACUCUGUAGUUCAGAAUCUGUUCUGACCAAGUCUUUAAGAUUGGAGAAAGAAAGUAAAAGUGCUGUGGGUGAGAUCUCUGCUGACUCACUGGUGGCUGUGAGGUGGCUGCAACCUGUAAGAGAUUCCCUUCUGCCACUUGCUGUCUUUUCUGAGGAGGAGAUGAAUGUAGCCCAGAUGUCUUUUCCUUUACCCAUCCGUAACCAAUUUGGUGUAGUACCUAGGGCCUGUCACUGGUGCUCACUACAAUUGGACCACUCUGAAUUGGACUGUGAGUCACCAGAUGUCUUCUUUCCUUUCCUGAGACCCCAGAAAUUUGCACCAAACCCUGGAAAGCCUUUGAACAGAUGCCCACGAGGGACGAUGCUGCUUACAAGGUGUCCCUCUCACCCUUUCUGGGAAGGGCCGUGCCAAUUUGCAGUGCUUUUUGUUCUGGGGUGUACAAAGGAAUUUGUUAGAGAAGGUAAGUGUGAGGCUGGUGAAUCUUUUGUAUGCCACACAAUGCAGUGCAAGUAUAUGCAGAUAUAUGCACACAUAUGCAGACUGGGCAGAUGGGAGGCAUGCUGUGAAGGAGGACAUGAACUGCUAAGAUCCCCCACAGCAUGAAGGGUCAGAGGACACCUCCCUGAAGUGAGAUGUCUCUGUCCUUUGCUGGUACCUACAGAGCAAAACCUAAUGCUCGGAGUAUAUCAGGGCCUAGGAGGCAGGGGAGGCUGGUAAGGAAGGGCUGGAUGGGCAGGCUGGGAAAACAGCUCCAGCCACAUUUCCACCUUCAGUAUUUGAAGCUGAGCCCGUUAGCGUGCUGCUGUCCAGCCGUACGUAGGGACAUGUCACAUAUCUACAGCCAUCUUCCUACCUUGGAGGCAGAAGUGUUGCUCCAUCUCUCCAAUGAAUUUCCAUCUGCCGAAAUGUGGCUCAAUGUGUUUAUUCUGGGUGAAAUUACGCCUUCUCUUACUCUCACACAAUACCAGUUCUCCGGAACUGGUUUGCACAGAUGUGAGGGCAGAAUUUGGCCCGCUCUGUUUAAUAUAUAAGUAUAUAUAUAACAAUAGACUUUAUUUAUAUAUGCAAUCCAUAAAGGAGAUUAAACAGAGUAGGAUGCCUAGGAAUUUUCUGUUAUGCAGUCUCCUCCUCCUCCCUUGACUGUUCUCGUGUAUGUAUACAACACAUUCCCAGGUUCUGGUUAACGCAGGUAUGUGUGUUAUGAGAUGUCAUUACUGGUGGUUGGUCUACAUAUUCGUCUAAUAAUAAUAACCAAUAUUGUGUAUGAUGCAGAAAUGACUAAUUUUAAUAGAAUAACUCUUUGGCUUUUGUUCUGUUAGCGUGAUUUAAACAAGCCAACAAAGUUUGGAAUAGGUUGUUUUCUUUAAGAGGCAUGAAAAACAGCUAUUAUCGUGUUACAAUGUUAAAAUAUUCAGUCUUCUUUGACAGAAAAAUGUGUACUGUGUAGGCAUUGCAAAAAAAAAAAAAAAGAAAAAAAAAUCCCACCUGCUACAUGGCAUUUGAAUUUUUACAACUGUUUAUUGUGCCAAAUAUGUGCAAAGAUAUAAUUUACUGUUUUAAAAAAAUCAUCAAAGCAUACGUUAUAGCACACAAAGGAUUAUUUUGUCAUCAAGUGAUUUCAAUCUUUAGUGUUUAUAUUUAGAUUAAUUUUUAUAAAUGAAAAUAUUUUAACAGGUAAAAUGAAGGCGAUAUGAUCAAUUUGAUUGAGUCUGAGUGGAUAUUAAGCUUGCCUUGUUGUUGUUAUCUGCAUACUCACCAAGAAUUACUGUCAAGAGAAAUUAUAAAAGAGU